UUUUGUGUCUGUCAAGUUAUUUAGCUAGCACACACUAGCCUGCUGCUAUCCACAAUAACAUCUAAAGGAACUUCGAGCUGAAGAGUAUUUUCUUUAAAAAUGAAGUGAAAAUGGGAGCACAUCCACGUUAAAAAGACUUUUUACAUCUUUUAAGAGAAGACGCGGAUGGCCCUCACAGAGCUUGUUUUUGGGAACAUAAAUAGACAUCAGUCUUAACCCAUGAAUGACUAAUGAACAGUAAUCCUUUUUGGAGCAUGUCGGCCAACCCAAGUCGUAAGCAGAGGCCUGAUAAUGAAGAGCAGGGCGGAGAACAAAGAGGCAGUCCAGCCCGGACUCACUUUCCCAAGAAACACCUGCCCCCCAUUCCUAAGAAUACAGCGCCGGUAACCAAACACUCACCAGCAGGAACUCCAGCUCAGUCUGCCAAUGGCACACAUGCUUCCUACGGGCCUUUUUACUUGGAGUACUCCCUUCUGGCUGAGUUCACACUUGUGAUUAAGCAGAAACUCCCUGGGAUUUAUGUUCAGCCAUCAUACAAGUCUGCUUUAAUGUGGUUCGGAGUCAUAUUCAUCAGACAUGGUCUGUACCAGGAUGGAGUCUUCAAAUUCACUGUGUAUAUUCCUGACAACUAUCCAGACGGACAGUGUCCCAAACUAGUGUUUGACAACCCAGUCUUUCAUCCACUUGUGGACCCGGUAUCUGGAGAACUUGAUGUCAGAAGAGCUUUUACCAAAUGGAGACGGAAUCAUAACCACAUCUGGCAGGUCUUGAUGUACGCACGCACCGUUUUCUACAAGAUCAACACAGCCGAGCCACUCAACCCAGAGGCUGCUGUCCUGUAUGAAAGAGAUGUGCAGUUAUUCAAAAGCAAAGUGGUGGACAGUGUGAAGCUAUGCAACAGUCAUCUUUUUGACCAGCCCAAGAUAGAUGAUCCUUACGCAAUAAGUUUUUCUCCGUGGAACCCGGCUGUUCAUGAAGAAGCAAAGGAAAGAAUGUUUGCAUAUAAGAGACGUCCAGAGGAGCAGCACAAGGGAAUGCAGGUGUCUGGCUUGUCUUGGGUGAAACCGGGUUCAACUCAGCCUUUCAGCAAAGAUGACAGUCCACCCCAGAACUGAAGCUGUGCUGUUCACACAGCAGCCACUAGAGGGAGAUGCAAACAUUGUUUAAUGGUAGUUUGUGUAAAGACAGAGUACUUUAUUUUACCCCCCCCUCCUGUUUUUUUUUUUUUUGAUAACCUUUAAAGCUUUUUAGGCAGAUCUGGAAGGAAAUUAGGACCAAAAAAAGGUGAAUUGACACAUUAUUACGGUUACAUUGACACAAAGAAGGAUUUUUAUUCGGAAUAUAAAUUUACCUAAUUAUGAAUUUCAGUGGAUCAGUGCUGCCUGACUUUACCUACCAUUAAUGUUCAUAAUCGAGCAGUUGUUUUUUUUAUCACUUCAUAAACUAUUGUACUUAGUUUCUAAAACUAUAAAUAUAUAUAUAUAUAAUGCAGAGGAGACAAGUUUUAAUUAUAAAACUAUUUAGGUAAGCUUAUUUUAUUUGGUUUAAGUAAUUUUAAAGGCUUUACCUACUGUUUUAUUAUAAUUUGGUUGUGUAAAUAAUGAAUGCUGUGAUUAAUUUUUUUUUUUAAUAUAUAAACAUUUUUGCUUUUUUUCCCCCCCAAUUUUGUUCUUUUUGUUACCAUUUUUUUGGGAAAGUUAACAGUUUUCCUUGGAAGAUUUUGCAACUUGAGGUCACAGGACAAACUUCUAUUGUGGGAUUUCUGUGUUAAGUUAGAGGGGAAAUUUUUGAUAAUAUUUAAUGUCAUGAUUAUCCGACCAAUGGAAAUUUAUUUUAAAUAAAUUCUAUUCAAAACAA